UUUCCCAGCCUCCGUACUUUCUGCUGGCCCCGCCCCUUUGUUGCUUCUUCUCGAAAGCGUACAGGCCGCUCUUUGAAAAGCUAGUUAGAUAGCUAACUAGAAGACUAUUGAACACUUCGAAAGGGAAACAUAAAACUUGAGCUGGUGACCUCACAAGGAAUUCCCCUCCUCCUCUGGUGGGAGGAAGAAGAUCCAGUGUCAUGACAACUCAGAACCUGGAAUAACUUGUCUUGGUCGGAGACUCACAAAAGCAGCACUUCCUGAAACUCCCAGUGUGGGAGGAGAGAUCUAGGAGACCUUUGAAUACAUAUGAAAGGAAAGACACCUCACCCUAUUUUUUGUUGUUGACCAAGACACAUUGUAACUCAUCAGAAUAGGAUCAUUUAAGAAUCUUCUGGGACAAAAUGGAUCGAGAGAAGGGAAUGUUGAUGGAUGAAAUCGAAAAGGGUUUAUGGAAUUUAACCGAGGACAAUCUGCGUUACCUUUGUGAACGUCAUGGACACGGUGGGAAAGAUGGCUUCAGGGUUAAAGGCAUGGAUCACCGCUCGUUGCGGCGUAAAAUCCUGGAGGAAAUGUGGGACAAUACGGAUUCAAUGAAAUCAGAGGAGCAGGGAAUAUCUUGGUUAGUCCAACUGAAAGAGGACAUCAGGAGGAUACAGGAGGAGGGUAGCAGUGCUGCUGAUGAUGAUGAUGCUGUAGACUGUGACGAAGAAUGGAACGGAGAGGGCGGGGUUCAGUUACCUAGCAAUGGGUUGGAGGUGGAGCCCAUGAGUUCCAGCCAAUCUGAUGACGAUGGCGAUGUAGACUGUGAUGACGAAAGGGACGAGGAGGUCAGGGAUUGGAUGGCUAGCGAUGGGCUGGAGGUGGAGUUGUCUCCAGAGAGACACACACCAGAGCAGAGAGUGAGAGAGGACAAGCCUCCCCGGCCCCCCGCCACCCUCUCGAAGUCCCCGGGUCGUGUGUCCCGCGGUAGCGCCCUACUGCGCUGUCUGAAGAAGAGGGUGUCUGUGCAGCUAGACGACAGCAAGACAACUCGCACAGAAGAGAAAUCUCACAGCCCAUCUAGCGCUAAACGAUGCAAGAAAACUCUCCCAGGAGACAGGCCUAGCUCCCAUAUCUGUGAUCACUGUGGGAAGAAUUUAGGAAGUCAAAAAAGCCUGAAAAGCCACAUGCGCGUUCAUACCGAAGACAAACCUCAUGAGUGCUCCGAGUGUGGGGAGACGUUCCGUCUGUUAAGAAGCCUUAAAAAACAUCAGAAACUUCACACUGGUGAGGUUAGAGGGACGAAGAAAGUCAAAGUCCCUCAUCCGUGUCCUCACUGCGGGACGAUGCUAGCUUCGAAGAAAGAAUUAAAGGAUCAUCUGAGAAUCCGCCACACUGAGAAAACUCAGCUCUGCUCUGAAUGUGGCAAGAGAUUCUCUAGCACCUACGCCCUGAGGAAACACCAGAGACUACACACUGGGGAGCAGCUCCACCUCUGCCCUGACUGUGGGAAGACCUUCUAUACUCAGGCACACUUGAUAUCUCACCAGAGGGUCCAUGCUGAACACAGGGAAAGGCCGCAUGUGUGUCCCGUCUGUGGGAGGGGCUUUACAGCAGCUUCGUCCUUGAAGUCACAUCAGAGUAUUCACACCGGAGAGAAACCUUAUCUCUGCUCUGAAUGCGGGAAGAGUUUCAGAACAUUAGGACACUUCACAACACACCAGAAGCAGCAUGUCGAAGCAAAGCCAUCUUUCCCUUGCCCUGUUUGCAAUCAGUGUCUCUCAACAAAGCGCAACCUGAUAUUUCACCAGAGAAUGCACACGGGAGAGAAGCCUUACCAUUGCUCUCAGUGUGACCGGCGCUUUGUUAAUGAGCAGAAAUUGAAAAGUCAUCAGCGUGUACACACUGGAGAGAAGCCCUACCUUUGCUCCCAGUGUGGGAAAAGUUUCGCUCUUUCACAAAAUCUUAAAAAGCAUCUCAGGGUGCAUUCAGGUGAGAGACGUUACAGAUGUACCUAUUGUGUAAAGAGUUUCAUUUCUUCAUCUGGUCUGAAAUCACACCUGCAAACGCACACUGGAGUGAAACCCUGCCACUGCCCUGAAUGUGGGAAAGGUUUCUCAGAGAAGAGAGCUCUGAAGAAUCACAUGCUCACACACGGGAGAGAAACCGCUCCAACGUUCCAAUGUCUGUGAGAAUGUAACUCAGCACCCGGAGAUACACGCUGGGGUUGAAGAGCAUAAAUAACUGCCAUUAGAAUGAGUCGCUCUGGAUAAGAGCGUCUGCUAAAUUACUAAAACGUUUUAAAAUAAAACGUAGAUAUUGUACACCGCUGCCUUCCCGACUCCCACGUGAUAGUUCCUUUCUGUCUUAUUUUCUCUGAAAAGACUUACCAAGAAACUACCAUUAACUAGUUAUUUUGUGUCUGGGUGUCCUGUUUAUGAAUUGUCUGCUUGCUUUUAACUGUUCUAUCUAGCCUGAAUCCAGAACCUGUUUUGUGCUAAUAUGUGUGUGUAUAUAUAAAUGUAUAUAUGACUCCCA